AUGAAAAAUCCCAUCAAAUAUAUUCGUCAGCCAAAACCUAAACCAACUGUGCCAGUUAAGAUUGCAAUCGUGGGACCUCCAAAAUCUGGAAAGACUACAGUUGCCAAGAAAUUUGCAAGCGUAUAUGGGUUACUGCGCCUGAGUAUGGGAGAUGCCAUACGGCUAGUAUUGAACAAACAGCCAGAGAGUGAGUUGGCACUUACGUUAAAGGAGCAUCUUCAUAAAGGACUGACCGUACCUGAUGAACUGGCUAUCCAGACUCUAGAUGUGGCUCUGAUGAAUCACGUGUGUCAUACCACCGGAGUUGUGAUUGAUGGAUAUCCUGUAACAAGAAAACAAGUAACUCUCUUGGAAUCAUCUAGAAUAAUUCCAGUGAAAAUCUUUGAAUUAGAAAUGGAUGCAAAGGAAAUAUUCAGAAGAGCAUUGCUGGAUGAGGAAAGCACAAAUAGACCUCCCUACCCUCAACAUGACAGCUCACAGAUUCUAGCUAUUAAAAAUUCAUGCUAUAAACAGCACAUUGAUGCAAUUAGGACUUACUAUAAGAAGGAGCAUCAGAACUGGUGUGUGAUUGAUGCCUGUCAGAGCAAGUGGUGGAUCUGGAACAAAGUACUGCACGAAGUUCAAGUGGCUGUUAAAGAAAUCCAGAUAUACCUGGAAAGAAUAAAACAAGGAAAAGCAGCCAGCAUUGCUGAUUUAUGUAUCACUCCCAAGGAGUUGCAGGAUCGGCUGGGGGAGUUUGGACAGUACUGUCCCGUCAGCCUCGCAGAAAAGGGAGAAUUGGUUGACUGCUCUGUAACACCAUCAUUGCAGUUUGCUGCAGAAUUUCGAGGACACUAUUACAGAAUGGCCUCACAGGAAGAACUGGAUAAAUUCUUGAGCAGACCAGAGGUUUAUGUGCCACCCCUGGCAACUCGCCCUCUCCCACCCCUAAACAUGCUCCCAAAGAAACUGACUGUGGCAGAAGUGAAGGCCUUAUUCCCUAAUAGUGCUGAAAUGCAGGGAUACUGUCCAGUCACCUACCUAGAUGGAAAACAGAGAUACGAAGCUUUGGUGCCUGGCAAUAUCGAGUAUGCAGCAAAAUAUCAAGAGAAGGUAUAUAUUUUUGAAAGUGAAGAAAAACUUCUCAAGUUUAUGAGGUUACCCGAGAAGUACUGGAAUCAGAAGCUUCCACGUAAACUCCCUCCAAUAAAGGAGCCAAUACUACUCACUGCACUUCCUUUGGCUGGAUAUCUUGAACAGGGAGUAGCAACUUCUCUAAUAAAAGCUCUGAAUGAAGUAGGCUGCAUAAAGCCAAAGUUCCCAUUCCUAAGUGUAAAAAAAACUGCUCUGCUCUUUGUCGCCUGCCAUCUAAAAGCGCACAACCCCAGGAGCCCGGGCCCGGUGCGACAGAUGUACCAGAAGAAGCUGGCACGGUUCACGGAGCA